AUGGAGAAAAUGGUUUCGAAAUUGGUGGUUAAGAUGACUUUGCUGAUGUUAAUGUUUCAGUUAGCAAAAGCAGCAGCACCUGUAGCGAAGUUCGGUUGUCCAGAUCGAUGCGGAGAUAUUACCAUUCCUUACCCUUUUGGAACUGGAAAAGACUGCUACAAGGACGAAUGGUUCGCGAUUGAAUGCAACAAAACCACCAACCCUCCCAGAGCUUUUAUAAGUCGAAUCAAAAUGGAGGUGCUGAAUAUUUCAGUUAAGACAGCCACCGCUACUGUCAAAAGUCCAGUAAUAUCCUUCAAUUGUACUGGCAGGAAAGAUGGUGGAUCUCUGGAUCUCACUGGAUCUCCCUUUGUUUUCUCCGAUUUCAGGAAUGUGUUCAUUGCAGUAGGUUGUGAUACUCGAGCUUUCAUGAGCGGGAUUGAGCCGCAAGUCCUCGGUUGCGUGCCUACAUGCGGUUUUCAAACCGAGAUUCGAUCCACUAACGUUGAUCAAGGUAGAGAAGCAUGCAAGCUAGCCGUUUUGGUGAAUAGGACAUGGUUUGCAUCGAAUAUAAGUGAUCCAUUCGCACUGCAGUAUAAAGAUUACGUUCCAGCGAACUUGGGUUGGAUGAUGAACGUGAAUUAUUCUGAUGAUAUUUCCAUUAAUUGCCAAAAAUAUUACAAUGAAUCCUUAAAAUCUGAAUGUGCGUGUUGGCGUGGAUUUGAGGGUAACCCUUACCUUGAACUUGGUUGCAAAGAUGUUGAUGAAUGCAAGACCCCAGAUAAAAAUACGUGCCGAGGGAUGCUCAAAUGCGUAAAUACACGUGGAGGGUACAGAUGCGUCAUAAAUAAAAUUUAUAUAAUUAUCAUAGGUAUAGGAUCAGUCGUCUUUAUAUUGGUACUGCUGUUUGGCCUUUGGAGGCUAUAUAAACUUAUAAAGAAUAGGCAGAACAAGGAACUCAAAAAGAAAUUCUUCAAACGUAACGGUGGGCUAUUGUUACAGCAAGAAUUAUCCACUAGUGAUGGUAGCGUUCAGAAAACAAAAAUAUACAGUUCCAAGGAGUUGGAAGUAGCCACCGAUGGUUUUAAUGUGAACAGAAUACUUGGAGAAGGUGGUCAAGGGACUGUUUAGAAGGGAAUGUUAACGGAUGGAAGAAUUAUUGCUGUUAAAAAUUCCAAAGUCAUUGAUGAAGAAAAUCUUGAAGAAUUUAUUAACGAGGUUGUCAUUCUCUCACAAAUCAACCACAGAAAUGUGGUUAAGUUGCUAGGUUGUUGCUCGGAGACUGAAGUUUCUAUACUAGUAUAUGAAUUCAUUUCCAAUGGAAAUCUUUACAAGUAUAUCCAUGUUCAAAAAGAUGACUUCUUGUUAUAUUGGGAAAUGCGAUUACGAAUUGCCAUUGAGAUUGCGGGAGCCCUUUCUUAUCUACACUCGGCGACAUCGAUUCUGAUUUAUCACUGUGAUAUCAAGUCUACAAACAUACUCCUAGAUGAGAAAUAUAGAGUCACAAUAUCAGAUUUUGGAUCUUCAAGAUCCAUCACCAUCGAUCAAACUCACUUGACCACUCAUGUGCAGGGUACUUUUGGCUACUUGGAUUCAGAGUACUUCUAAUCUAGUCAAUUUACAGAAAAAAGUGAUGUUUAUAGCUUUGGAGUGGUUCUGGUUGAGCUUUUAAGUGGAUAAAAACCGAUAUUUUCCGCUAGCCCAACAGAAAGUAGAAGUUUAGCCAUGCAUUUUAUCAUGUUGAUGAAAGAUAAUAGGUUGUUUGAUAUUUUUGAUGCUAGAGUCAAAAAGCAUUUCCAUAAUGAAGAAGUUGUUGCUGUCGGCAAUCUUGCAAGAAAAUGCUUGAAUUUGAAUGGGAAGAAUCGGCCAACAAUGAAAGAAGUAACCACAGAGUUAGAGAGGGUAAUUCAAAAGGGAUCAAAUGUUCAACAAGACAGUCAAGAGAAUGAAAGUAUCAUGGCUGAUCUCAGUAUGCAAUACAUGGGAUGCAUUUCCGACAUCAAUAAUGACUUGUGAUUUUAAUAA